AUGUCUGAACUUGACAUGCAUUCGAACAACGGCCAAGCUAAUGGACGAGCAUCUAACUCUUCUAACAACUCCAACAACAACAGCAGCAACAACAGAUCUCAAAAGUGUUACGUAAUAAAAGAAGUCUACGAAAAUGGGUCUGCCCUGGAAAACUUUGAAAGCCAGUUAGACUGUGCCAUAUAUUCUAAUAUAGAAACAAUAAUAAUAGAACCGACUAAAUUAGGGAAAGAAACCUCAUCGUGGAUUUCAUUGGGGAAUUGGAUAAAAUUUUCAUCAUUAGCAUCGGGGGUCACAUGUCUCUCAGUUGGUCUCGUAAUACCUGACAGGCCUAUAUUCUAUGCACCACUGGGGGUUUUCAGCUUCAUUUCUGGGGCCGUCUAUGCAGUUUCAUGGCAGUUAGACCCAUGCAGUCGUUACAAAGUUGAAAGAGAUCAAUCCAAAUUACAAUGUCUCCCGGUGUCUAACUUACGAUCUUCUUCGCCAAUUGUCAUUGUGAGAAAAUCGGGAAUUCCCAGUUUUUUGUAUGCUGUAGUUUCUGUAUCUGCACUUUCAUAUUCAAUAUGGCGGAUUAUUAAAUAG